UGGUUGCCUAGGUUACAGACUGUCAGCUGUAUGCCCCCUCCAGUGUCCUCUGCUGUGAUUCUGACCAAGGCUGUAGGAGGCAACGAGGCUGCUGCCAUCUUCAACUCCGCUUUUGGAAGUUUCUUGGGGAUCAUAGUGACUCCAGUGCUGCUGCUUCUGUUUCUGGGCUCUUCCUCCUCUGUUCCCUUCUCCUCCAUCUUCUCUCAGCUCUUCAUGACUGUGGUGGUUCCUCUGAUCCUGGGUCAGGUGUGUCGCAGUUUCCUCAGGGAGUUUCUGGAGCGGCGGAAGCCUCCGUUCAGCGCCGUCAGCAGCGCCGUCCUCCUGAUGAUCAUCUACACCACCUUCUGCGACACCUUCAGUAACCCCCACAUAGAGCUGGACCCCACCAGCCUGCUGCUCAUCGUAUUCAUCAUUUUCUCCAUCCAGCUCAGCUUCAUGCUGCUCACCUUUGCCUUUUCUACCAGGUCUGGUUCAGGAUUCAGCCCAGCAGACACUGUGGCUGUUGUGUUCUGCUCCACACACAAGUCUCUCACUCUGGGUAUCCCUAUGUUGAAGAUCGUGUUUGCGGGUUAUGAGCACCUGUCUCUGAUCUCGGUUCCUCUGCUGAUCUACCAUCCUGCUCAGAUCCUGCUGGGCUCCGUCCUGGUGCCCACUAUACGCAGCUGGAUGACCAGCCGACAGAAGUCUAGUCUGUUGUUGAGGUAGUUCUGCCUUUCAGCGUGGCGUCCUUCCCUCAGUGAGUAGAAAACUAACACAUAUGGAGCUAAUCGACAUCUCAUCUAAUUAUUAAUGUAAUCCAAUCCUUCUUGCCGUUCUGAUCUGGUGUCAUCACGAGGGAGUGGGUCCAAACG